AGGUGGCAGUGGAAGGUGGGAAGUGGAUGGUGUGUGUAAAUGUGUGUAAAGGUGGGUUUAGAUGAAGAGGUUGGUGACGAAUUGAGACCAUGAAGAACAGAGGAAUGAAAAGAAAAAAGAAAUUCCUGCUCUCGGCGGAGGCAGGAAUGCAGCUGGCCUCUGUCCAAGGCCAGUCCGAACAAAUGAUGUAACGCAAAACCGGUCGAACGGAAGUAGCACGAAUCUGAUGUUCCGGAGAAGUUCAGCAAACCAGUCGGCUAAUCGCCAGACGGAGGAAGGUAGAGAUGUCGGGUUGAGGAUCAGGACGAAUAUCGAAUCAAAUAACGUUUGUAAACACUUUUACCUGAUGCAGGUUGUGCGCAGUUGUUAUACAUUCAGCAGUAAAUCAACGACAGGCACAAGGUCCGAAACCUUGGGGGGAGGGCUCCAGCCGAUUAGAUCGACCCCAGUACGUAACUGGUACUUAAUUUAUCGACCCCGAAAGGAUGAAAGGCAAAGUCGACCUCGGUGGAAUUUGAACUCAGAACGUAAAGACAGACGAAAUACCGCUAAGCAUUUCGCCCGGCGUGCUAACGUUUCUGCCAGCUCGCCGCCUUAUAUUCUUGUCUACUCUAGGCACAAGGCCCGAAAUUUUGACGGAGGAGCCAGUCGAACAGAUCGACCCCAGUAUGCAACUGAUACUUAAGUUAUCGACCCCGAAAGGUAAAGUCAAUCUCGGUGAAAUUUGAACUCAGAACGUAAAGACAGGUGAAAUGCCUGCCCGCUGUGUUAAUGGUUAUGUUAGCUCGCCACCUUAUCCAUCUAGCAUAUAUUCCUUUCCACUAUAGGCACAAGGCCUGACAUUUUGGAGAAAGGAUCUUUUCGAUUUCAUCGACCCCACUGCGCACUUA